AUGUUUAGCAAAUUCUUCAAAUAAUAAACAGAUUUUGAGAAGGCUCUAUUUACUAGUUCCAUUUUGAAUAGCAAACCCUUUCUAAACAUUGCCGAUCUAAAAUAGCUCAUGCAAGGAUUCCCUUAAGAAAAACAAUUGAUUUGUCGCACUCCACAACCAAUCAAGAAAACCUUUUAGAAAUUCUUUUAGUCUCUCCCUGAUAAAGUAUCAUAUCGAGUAAAACUCAAAAUCUUGGCCACUUGCCAUGUUCUUUUGGAUGAUUUCAUGCACGGCGAAUAAUUUUCAGAAUCUCUACUCGAUUGGGAUGGAUUUCGUUAUAAGGAGAAGAACCAAGACAAAGAGAAGUUUAUAAUGAUGUAUUUCGAAAUGCUGCAAAGAUUGGCCAACGGUCUGCACUUACUAAAAAUGGCCAAAUCACAAAAGACUUAUACUUUGGACAGUUUUAUCGAAAACUAAUCUAACUAUUAUAAAGCAAUCAAUCUAUUAACAGUUAUUUUUAACUACAUGCCAAUAAUUAAAUCCGAAUUGGACAAACAUCAAGAAGAAAUAAUUGGAGAAAUUGUAUUACUUGUGUGGAAUGACGUGAUAGCAAUCUACUUGUUUUUUGAGAAGAUAAUAAUGGAGUUCAUCCUUGAUUUUCAAUCAAUACAAUACCCUAUAUUCUUUUAGGUUUUUAAUUUGGUUCCUGAUUACAUAAGAUUAACAUAAUAAAUAUAAUAAUUUUAUAAGUUGAACGAUCAUUUUCAAGAGGAAAAACAAUUUACAGAACCCUAAUGGAAGGUAGUAGAUUAGAAAAUGUUGGAUGAAUUGGAAUUAUUUAAUCAAAAACUAAAAAUACAAUCCGCUAGAGGUCGAUUAGUUAAGAACAAAAGUAAAGCAUCAUUUAGUACUCAAUUAUUGUCACCAUAACAUUAAUCAUCUGGGUCAUUUCUAUUCGGAAACACAACCUUAGGUUAUGUUAAAAGAUUGUCAACAGUCGAUGAUCCCUUUGACAAUAGCGAAGAAGUGUCCAAAAAAUAUAAAAUUAUGAUUAAAUGA